AUGACCGGGGAAGGUACUUCCGCGGUCACUGGCCUUUGGACAGGGUACUUGCUUAGCCAGCAAUUGCUGGCUACGCGGAUUCCACCCCAAAAUCAGAGGGAGCGUCCUAGAUGCGCACAUAGAAUACAGCAUCCAAAACCAAUCUCGUCCAGCAAGAGCAUCGUUUAUGCCUUUUUUUAUGCCUUUUUAUGCCUUUACAUAUGGUCGAUGAUGAAUAUCAGAAAAUUAAAAAAAGUAAUUAUCGAUCAAAGAAUUGAUCUAUGUCGCUUACAAAAUAACCUUCAGGCACGUAGACCACAAACUCGAACCAAUAAAGAAAGAAAUAGUAUGAUCUUACAAAAACAGAAUAAUCUUGUAGAAAAUCGAUUAUCAGUGUCUGAAUUUUUGGAAUUAUUUAGUCAGUUUUAUCAGAUCUAUUUAUACAAUUCGGAGACUAUUAAUAAAGAGAUUUUAAAUACUGAAAACGAGAAUGAAAUUUGUACUGAUUUUUUAUCUGAAAAUUUUAAUUCUACAUCAACAGAAACUUUGAGAACUGCUGACAAUAACGUAGACAUUUCCGACGAAUCACUUACAAUAAUUCAGAGGCAAAACUCUGUUGAAAAUGAACGAAUGGGCUCUCCAAUACAAAGAAAUAGAUAUCCUGUUGAUGAACCAUCUACUUCUACAACUUACACAGCUUUGAGAACUGCUGACAAUAAUAUUGACAUUUCCGACGAAUCACUUACAAUAAUUCAGAGGCAAAACUCUGUCGAAAAUGAACGAAUGGACUCUCCAAUACAAAGAAAUAUAUAUCCCGCUGAUGAACCAUCUACUUCUACAACUUACACAGAAGACAUUUACAACAUUCCAGAAGAUGACUUUGGAUAUUGGUACGAAAAACAGGAAAAUACUACAGAAAAUGAUGUUCCGUAUUACGAAGUUAAUAGACAUUUUCUGGAAACAUGCGAAGAAAAUCAAGGAACAGUAAGACCUGAGCGUACGUGCAUUGCUUGCAUUAAUACAAAAUCGAAUCAAGUUUUUAUACCGUGUGGUCACAUUUGUUGUUGUGAAGAUUGCGCGAACUAUAUUAUGCAGGAAAGCGAUGAUGUUAAAAAAUGUCCGAUUUGUAAAAAACAAAUUUCAGCAAUUUAUAAAGUAUAUACAUAUACACUAUAAACAAAA